AUGGCCGGAAUCAUCCAGAAGAUCGGGGAGGCGCUGCACGUCGGGGGGGAGCACAAGAAGGAGGAGGAGAAGGCCAACCACAAGGGGGAGGGAGUGGGCAGCGGGGGGGAGCACAAGGAGAAGAAGGAGGAAGGGCUGGUGGAGAAGAUAAAGGAGAAGGUCCACCUCAAGGGAGAGGGAGAGGGAGAGGGAGAGGGUGAGAAGACGGAGAAGAAGAAGAAGGAGAAGAAGAAGAAGAAGGAUAAGAAGGAGGAUGAGGAGAAGGAUGGCCACAGCAGCAGCAGCGACAGCGACUAA